AUGCCAGUGGACAUCGGUACCUCUCAUUGGCAUGGGAUAACUCGGGAGGAUGUUGAAGAGUUGAAAAACAAAGACGCCGAGUACAUAGUUCUGACACGUGGUCAAUGGACCUUCCUGCAUAUUCCUCCUGCCAUUGUUAAGGAUCUCGAAGAUCUUAACUUCAAAGUCAUUGUGGAGCGAACUCCUGUUGCCAUGGCGACUUACAAUAAACUUGUUUCUGAGGGCCAUCGUGUCGCCGGUCUAUUCCAUACUACCUGUUGA